CACUACACCAAAGAUGCUGACGGUCUGUGCACCAAACUUAUCAAGCCAAAACUGGAGGAAGGAACUGUGGCCGCUCAGGAUGAGUUUUCCAGGAGUGGAUGGUCGAUGAACAGGAAGGAGCUGAAGCUGCAUCAGGUUAUUGGAAAAGGAGAAUUUGGAGAUGUCAUGAUGGGAGACUAUAGAGGGAAGAAAGUAGCAGUGAAGUGCAUAAAACAUGAUGCUACAGCACAGGCCUUUAUUGCAGAAGCCUCUGUCAUGACGCAACUACGCCACAAUAACCUGGUCCAGCUGCUUGGAGUGAUUGUGGAGGAGAACGGAAGUCUUUUUAUAGUUACUGAGUAUAUGGCCAAGGGCUGUUUAGUUGAUUACUUACGCUCCAGAGGCCGUACGGUACUUGGUGGGGAAGCACUUCUUAAUUUUGCUUUAGACGUCUGUGAAGCCAUGGCGUACCUGGAGGCCAACAACUUUGUGCACCGAGAUCUAGCAGCCAGAAACGUCCUCGUGUCUGACGACAGCAUUGCCAAAGUCAGCGACUUCGGUUUGACCAAAGAGGCGUCUUCCACUCAGGAUACAGCUAAACUGCCUGUGAAAUGGACCGCACCUGAAGCGCUCAGAGAAAAGAAGUUUUCCACCAAAUCAGAUGUAUGGAGCUACGGUAUUUUACUUUGGGAGAUUUACUCUUUUGGCCGAGUCCCUUAUCCAAGAAUUCCAUUGAAAGACGUAGUGCCACGUGUGGAGAAGGGCUACAAAAUGGAAUGUCCAGACGGCUGCCCUGAAGUUGUGUAUAACAUCAUGAAAGAGUGCUGGAACCUGGAUCCUGCCGCCCGCCCGAGCUUCCAGAUGUUGAAGGAGUGGCUACAACAUAUUAGUCACAAAAAGUGA